AUGACCCAUGUACUGCUCGGACAUUCGCGACGUUUGUACCAGGUCAACCCAUUUACCAGUAUCCUUACACAAUGCUGCAAAUCAAAGAAAGACUACUCUGUAAAAAGUGGUGCGCAGAGCGGUGUCCUAGAGCGGGUAGUGUCCGCGUUCCGCUCAGUUUGUGGUGAUGAUGGCGUGUCCUUGGGCUUAGCGGUGAGGGAGCAACAUGGGAGGGACGAAUCUGUUCACAAAUGUCGCCCUCCCGACAUAGUGGUCUUUCCCCGCUGUGUGGAGGAGGUGAGUGCUCUCGCCAAAAUCUGUCACCAUCACCGUCUCCCCAUCAUCCCCUUUGGCACUGGCACAGGCCUGGAGGGCGGAGUUGGAGCAAUGAAGGGUGGGGUGUGUUUCAGUUUGAGGAAGAUGGACCGGGUUCUGGACCUCCACCCAGAAGACUUUGAUGUCACUGUUGAACCAGGAGUGACACGGAAAGCCCUCAACUCCUACCUGCGUGACACGGGACUCUGGUUCCCUGUAGAUCCAGGGGCUGAUGCCUCCCUCUGUGGUAUGGCUGCCACCAGCGCGUCCGGUACCAAUGCGGUCCGUUACGGUACGAUGCGCGAGAACGUGCUCAACCUGGAGGUGGUGCUGGCAGACGGGACAGUCAUCCACACGGCAGGAAAAGGACGGAGGCCAAGGAAAACGUCGGCGGGCUACAACCUCACUAACCUGUUUGUGGGGUCAGAGGGCACGCUUGGAAUUCUGACCAAGGCUACCCUGCGGCUCUACGGCAUUCCAGAGAGCAUGGUCUCAGCCGUCUGCUCCUUCCCCUCUGUCCAAGCUGCAGUGGACAGCACCGUGCAAGUGCUGCAGUGUGGAGUGCCCAUUGCUCGUAUUGAGUUCCUGGAUGAUGUAAUGAUUGAUGCCUGUAAUCGUUUUAACUCUCUUUCAUACCCUGUGUCUCCGACACUGUUUCUGGAAUUCCAUGGCAGUGAACGGAGUCUAGAGGAGCAGGUGGCCAUAACAGAGGAGAUCACAAAAGAGAAUGGAGGUUCAGAUUUCGCCUGGGCUCAGGAUGAGGAAACACGUGGGCGGCUGUGGAAGGCCAGGCAUGAUGCCUGGUAUGCCGCGCUGGCACUGAGACCUGGCAGCAAGGCGUACUCCACGGACGUCUGUGUGCCUCUCUCUCGCCUGCCACAGAUUAUAGUGGAGACCAAAGAGGACCUGGUGAGAAACAAACUUACAGGUCCAAUAGCUGGUCAUGUUGGUGAUGGAAACUUCCAUUGCCUGAUGGUGAUGGACCCUAAUGAUCCAGAGGAGGUGGAAAGAGUUCACCAGUUCACAGAGAGAUUGGCUCGGAGAGCUCUGGCCAUGGACGGGACGUGCACAGGGGAGCACGGCAUUGGUUUGGGGAAACGGGCUUUGCUGAGAGAGGAGGUGGGGCCGCUGGCAGUGGAAGUCAUGCAAGGGCUCAAAGCAACCCUGGACCCCAAAAACCUCAUGAAUCCUGGGAAAGUGUUAUAACUUUAAAUGACAUUUCUGUCUUUCCCCUGUAUGGUUUGCAGUUUUGUUUGUUUGUUUGUUUGUACCACUGUACCCUGUGGUCAUGUCUGAGGAAUAUUGCUUUGUAAUUGGAGGCAGUAAUUUCUUUUCAGUUCUUCCAGAGACAAUGACAUGUAUGGGAUUGCAAUCUCAAAUUUGAAAUGUCAGAAAUUACAAAUUAGUCUGCUUGCUUGUGGCACACUGAUUGAGUUAAAAGUGCUUAAUGG